AACUCAUCUAACUCGACCGUGACUCACCUCUGGUAUGUAUAGCGAGAGAGGCAGAGCUUUUGUAGAGAGAGAACGUGGGAGAGAGGGGAUAAGCAUCCUGUUUCUAGGGUUUUAAGCGUUUCCUUGACGAAUUUUGUCGGUGAAGGCGUUGAUUGUGUAGGUAUUUGUAUGCGUGUUGGUUAGGGGGAAAGAGUUUGGGGAGUGAUGGAUGAGAUCUGGGAGAGGGCGGUGGAGACGGCAUUGGAUGGCCAGACCAACGCCGAUUUGGUCCGGACGUUGACGCUUGACAGCAUGGUGAAGUGCGUCCAUGGCCGUUUGCCUCAGCCGUCGAUUUUCGAGAAGUUUAAAAAUUUGCAGCAUCUGUCGAUGGCCAAUAUCGGUGUAUCGUCGCUGGAGCAGUUCCCUCGCCUCCGUAAUUUGCAGAAGCUUAACCUGUCGGACAACAGGAUCACCGGAGGGCUUGAAUAUUUGGUCGAGGCGGGGCUUGAAUCGCUGCGGGACCUUGAUUUAUCGAAUAACCGUAUUUCGGAGAUUGACGACUUGAGACCAUUGGCGCAGCUGCGAUUGGUGUCUCUAGAUCUCUACGAGUGUCCGGUUACGCGAGUUAAGGACUAUCGAUCUCGUGUGUUCGGCUUGAUUGGAUCGUUGAAAUAUUUGGAUAAGAUGGACGCGGAGGAGAACGAGAGGCUGGAAUCGGAUGACGAUGAGGAAGAUGAGGAGGAGGAGGAGGAGGAUCCGGAGAGUGGAGAGAUCGACGGUGAGGAUCAUUUGUCAAGGCCGAAUAACUGGGAGCGAGCAGGUAGCGAGGGAGUUGUGGACGUUGAUGAUGAUGAGGAGAGCGAUGCCAAUGAGAAAGAACCAGAGAUUUCCCGAGGAGUUAAUGGGAUAGCCACCAGUGGCAAUUCCCAUCACCAUUCUAACGGAUUUAGAGUGGAGCCUGUUGGUGGAGAGGAGGAUGAAGAUGAUGGAGAAGAGGAUGAUGAUGACGAUGGGGAAGAAGAGGAUGAUUUAGUCGAUGAAGUAGACGAAGACGUGGUGGAAGUUCAUGAGAUUAACGAUAGUGAUGAUGGGGAAGAUGGGUUGGAUGAUGACGAUGACGUGGAUGAUGAUGAGGAUGAGGAGGAAGAAGAGGUGGACAAUGAUGAGAGGGAUUUUGAGGAGCCUGGAAGUGCAGGGAAGUUGCCUAGCACGGAGGGAGAAAUUGAUGGUCACGAACAGGGAGAGGAUGAUGCGGAUGAGGAUGAUGAUGGGGAGACGGGGGAAGAGGAACAGGCUGUUGAGGAGGAUGCUGAAUUUGAGGACGAUGAAAGGGCUGAGGAUGAGGAAGAUGAAUUCGGUGGCUCUGAGUACCUGGUUCAGCCGGUGAGACGCCCAGAACCAGAAUUGGUAGGUAGUGACAUGGGCGAAGGUGAAGAUCCCGAACUCGAGGAAGAAGACAUCGAAGGCGAGGACGAAGACGAAGAUGAUGAAGAUGGUGAAGUCCAGGAAGUGCUUCCAUCUUCUUCCAACAAGAGAAAAAGAAGCAACAGCGACGAUGACGAUGACGACGAGGAUGGUAACAGCGAUGAAGAAGACAUUGUGCAGAACAACAAAUCCUCAAAGCGGCAGUAGGAACAAAAAAAAGAGAAGAAGAAACUAUGGCGCCAGUGGUGGCUGGGCUAGCCGCCAGCCGACUGAGCCUUUCAUUGUGAGUGAGCGAACAAGUGGCUGAGUCCAUUGUAUUGAUGCGAUGCAUGGUUAAACGGCGACGUUUCUUGUUUUGGGAUGGAAGGCAAGCAAUUUUUGGAUGUCGUCACUACUCUUAGUAGCGCUUUCUUGUGCCUCUGAGUAACGCUUUUUGUGAAUCGGAAUUCGGAGGCUAUCAAGUGGUCCCCCUAGUUAAUUUUAAGAAGAUGACAUUAAUAAUAAUAAUAAUAAUAAUAAUCAUAAUAUCCUAUUUUCAAAGAUGAGACGAGAUUUGGCAAA